GAAAAUUCAUUCGACAUUCCGGCGCAAGUCGCGCGCUGGUUUCGAUUUGUGUUACGGCUGCUGCUGCCCCAAAAAUGACACUUGUGGCAGUCAAGGAUAUAUGAGCCUAGCAGUUUAAAAUUACCGAAAGGCAGUGGCUGGAACGCGAAGAAAGUCAAAUGGACGAAGCGUUUUAAUUACAUCCGGAAUAAGAAAUUUCCGGCUCUCUAGAAGUGCGUGUGUGUGCGUCCGGACGAAGUGUGGGUGUUGUAGACGGGUAAAGGACCUCAAACAGGCCAAAUCUCCUGCCAGACAAGCCAUUUCGGCUGUCGACAGUCAUCAAAGCGGCUUAAAGUUCCAGUAUCGAGUACGAAGCGUCUAGGACAAAAAGACGCACUUUUAUACACUGGGGAGCACUUUGGGCAACAACUGCAAUUUGCCAGCAAUAGAAUCGCAAUUAUGGCAAAUUCGAACAAAGCUUCGUCAAAGUUCAUUACCAGCAAUAAUAGAGGAAAUAACAACAAGUGCAUCUGCAGCAACGGCGAAAGGAGGGCCCACAAAAUGUAAUCGGGACAGGGCGCAUAACUGAAAAGGGCCCACUCAGCUGCGCAGUGGGCAACGGUCACGGGCAACAGCAAUAGCUACAACUGAAUCGCAACAAUCGACCACAAGCGCACACUACAGCCACCACAUCAAGAAACCAAACAAAAAUACGCAUCAUAAAUGAAGUUAACAAUCUGUCAAAUUGCUAAAUUAUUUCUGCUGUUGACAGCCUUCUUCUUUCUCAAUUCCCCCAGCGCAGUCUCUUUAGCCCUCGGCCCGAAUCCCACCUCCUUCUCCUCCCACUUCCGCCCAGAAACCGUCCUUGUCCUGCAAGCCGCCAAGACAGCUGCGGAUUUUGCUACAACGCCAGCUACACAAUCGGCUGCGGCUACGCGGACCUCCCUGACGACAGCAGCAGCAACAACACUUAGCAGCAAUUCAAUUUGGCCAACAGCAACACAAACAAAGAGUCCACGUAAUGCGCGUGGGGCUGAACGUCAGAAACGUCAGAAGCAACAGCCCGCAGCCCAGCAGCAGCGACAGCAGCAACAGCAGGGACAGCAGCGACAGCAGCAACAUCAGGGACGGCAGCAGGAGCAACAGGGACAACAACGACAAAGACGACAGCAUCAACAUCAAAAUCAACGACUGGCCGUUUUAAUACCUUCUUCGCUGCACGUUGACAUGACGCAUGUGCAACAGGGGUUCCAGAAUUUCCUCGACUUUUUCCAACUGCAUUUAUCUAAUGUCAGCGUCGAUUUUCUACGUGAUGUGGAUUUAAGUGGCUUCAUUAAAUUGCUCGAGCUGCCCAAAUACACGAGCGUUGUAAAGACUUUAAAUGCGUGCAUUAAUGUAGACACCAACGUGGAAGUAAACCUUAACGUGGAUGUGAACAAAGUCCAAAGGGGCAAGGAGGCUCGGAGUCAGUAUGCGAAUGUGGACGUUGACCCCCCCAGUCAGGCACGUCAGCAUCAUCAGCAAUAUUUGAAGCAGCAAAGACAGGAGCAAGAGCCCCAUCGUCAUAAUCAGCAGGACUCCAAAACGAAACAGUUGUCAACGGGAGAUGAGGCCUCCUUAUUAUCUGACUCGAAUGUCGAGUUUCGGUGGAACGACGCCCGCAGCUUCUCGGGUCACUGCCAUCAGCUGGCUGAGCAACUGGCCCUUGAAUUUAAUAAGACCGUGGUCCUGUGGCCCUGUCCGCGAAUGAAAAUCUCCAGCGAUUUUCUUCCAUCAUUUGAAGCCGUUUCCCUGGCCGUGCAAAGCAUUUCCAACAAGUUGAACUGGUCGCAAGUUGAUAUUUAUGUCGGCGGCGACAAUUGGGGCCUAGGACUAGCCAUAGCCGCGAACAUGCAUGUGCCGUAUCGCAUCGAAAUUCGCAGGACAAUACGUGACCUGCAUUUGAAGGAUAAGCCGGGCAAAGCAAUCAUUAUCACUGCCCCGCUGAACGAUGAGAGUACCACACGCCUGCUGACCAGCAUCGAAAGGGAGUGGGCGGGGCAGGCAAAAGAGGAUGCGCAGGAUUCGGGGUCCCCAAGGCGGCACACUAAAAUUUUACUCGUCGACAUGGCGGCCAGCUCGUUGGACAUCCAGCAUUGGUUCUACAAAUAUUUGGCACGGAUCAGUGAGUCAGUGACGGGCAGCUCCGGAGGUAACACGAGUUCUCCGGUCGGGCUGGUCAGCAGCAAUCUGUUGGUGCUGACUCUGCUAAGCGACCGACAUCGACACUUUCUGAAUGCGGCCGGAUUGAUGGCAACAAUCCGGAAUUUUCGCACGCCCAUCGGAAAUGUUGAAAAUGGAAACUACACGGAACCACCGCCCAGUGGCCUUCGCAAUGCAAGUCUGGAAAAACUGUACCCGUAUCGCAGCCUCUUUCCACUCUACGAUACGAUUGUAACUACUACCACCCAGUCGGAUACACCGGAAGCCAGUCCCAAAUAUGAUUUCGUGGUACUGGACAUUGUUUGGGACGUGCGGGCGGCUAGUUACAAGUGGCGACCUCUGCUCAUCCUGGAGAGCGACAGAGGGAGGAGUGAAGGAGGGUCAGGAGGCGGAGAGAGUGGCUCCUACAUCACCCACUCCGUUCAACCAGGGUACGACGAGUGGCUGCUGGUCAGCAGAGUCCUUUUGUGGCAGUGCGGCGCUAUUUGCUGGACCAUCGCGGCGAUUUGCGUGGGCCUUCUGGUCAUCAUCGUAGUGGGCAUUGUGGCCGCAGGGAUUGCGAUGAGAAACUACUUUUUACGGAAGCGGCUCUCCAAAGGUCCGAACAAGAUAGUUCUUUCGGCCAGCGACUUUGUCUUCCCCGUGGAUUCUCGAAGGGUUGAUGAGGGUAUAGAGGCCAUGCUCUGUUGUUGGCUACAGCAGCUGCAGGAGUUUGGUGGGCCUGAAGUAGAUAAACCGGAUCUCCUGAAAGGCUCCAUAGGCUCUCUUAAGAAUCUAGGAUUUGUGAUACCGGGUGCAGCUGGUCCGGGAAGUUCAGGCUCAGGCAUCACAGCCACGGCGAACGGGAAAGGUGCCUCCUCCGCAACGGGCAGUUUGGCCAGGCACAAUCCUGCCCAUUUAGACAUGAGAGCUCGAUACAAUGGUGAUCUUGUGCAGCUGAAGGAGGUGCAUAUGAACGGUUCCGCAGAGUUGCGUACCAAAGCGAUGGAUCUACUGGUUAUGGCCCAUGGCCUGAGGCACGAAAAUAUCAACCCCUUGAUUGGAUGGUUAUCCGAUCCCAAUCGGACGGCCAUGGUCUUCGAUUACUGCUCCAGGGGAUCGCUACAGGAUGUGCUAAUCAUGGAUGAGAUCAAACUGGACUGGUCAUUCCGGCUGAGCUUACUCACCGAUCUGGUGAGGGGUAUGCGAUACCUGCACACCUCUCCCUUGAGGGUUCAUGGAGCCUUGACCUCCAGAAACUGCGUAGUGGACGCCCGAUGGGUCUUGAAGAUCACUGACUACGGAUUGAACUCUUUUUACGAAUCGCAGGGACUCCCGCCAAGGCCCAGAAGUGCCAAGGAGCUGCUGUGGACAGCUCCAGAACUCCUACGGAGCAUGAAGCACCACCAGCAGCAACACCACCAUCACCACCAGCACGGACGUAUUCAGUUAGGGACCCAACUCGGAGACGUCUACUCCUUUGGAAUCAUCAUGCAGGAGGUGGUAGUCAGGGGGGAGCCCUACUGUAUGCUCUCCCUGGCUCCGGAGGAAAUAAUAGCCAAAAUCAAGAAGCCUCCGCCCCUGAUUCGGCCCUCUGUUUCCAAAGGAGCCGCUCCGCCGGAGGCCAUCAAUAUCAUGCGCCAGUGCUGGGCGGAGCAGCCCGACAUGCGUCCCGAUUUUAACUCCGUUUAUGAGCGCUUUAAGAUGCUGAACCAUGGACGAAAGGUGAACUUUGUUGACACCAUGUUUCAAAUGCUCGAGAAGUACUCGAACAACUUGGAGGAGUUAAUUCGGGAACGCACCGAGCAACUGGACAUUGAACGAAAGAAGACUGAACAGCUGCUGAAUCGCAUGUUGCCAAGCUCUGUUGCUGAAAAACUGAAGAUGGGCUUGGCCGUCGACCCGGAAGAAUUUUCCGACGUGACCAUAUACUUUAGCGAUAUUGUUGGUUUUACAACAAUCGCCGCACAUUGCAGUCCCGUGCAGGUUGUGGAUUUGCUCAACGAUCUCUACACGAUCUUCGAUGCCACGAUCAAUGCCUAUAAUGUGUAUAAGGUGGAGACAAUCGGUGAUGCCUAUAUGGUGGUGAGCGGUCUUCCCGUGAAAAUACCUGAUCAUGCCGAGCAGAUAGCUACCAUGGCCUUAGACCUGCUGCAUCAGAGUGGUCGCUUUAACGUGAAGCAUCUGCCCGGAGUUCCGCUCCAACUUAGAAUUGGCCUCCAUACAGGUCCCUGUUGUGCCGGGGUGGUUGGUCUUACGAUGCCGAGGUAUUGUUUAUUUGGAGACACCGUCAACACGGCCUCGCGAAUGGAGUCAACCGGAUCCUCUUGGCGCAUCCAUAUGUCCCAGGAGACAAGGGAUCGACUGGAGGCUCGUGGCGGCUAUGCCAUCGAGCCAAGGGGUCUUAUCGACAUUAAGGGCAAAGGCAUGAUGAACACCUUUUGGCUGCUGGGGAAAAAAGGAUUCGAUAAGCUGCUGCCAGCACCACCGCCUAUUGGAGAGUCGCACGGAUUGGAUGAGUCCCUGAUACGCAACUCGAUAACCCUGAAGGCGCAGGCCAACAAAUCUCGGACGAGCACUAAUCCUUCAUCUUCCCAGAGCUCCUCUCUGGCUGGGGAAUCCGUAGAGGUAAAGGUUGAGAUAACCCCACCUACCAACGCAGACCUGGGUUCCGGCGCCAAUCUCCCCAACUCGUACUCCCUGGACUCCAAUUCCACCAAUACAAUUAGCCCCAAUGCGACCCUCUGUCCGGAGUUUCCGGGAAAGACGACGCCCAGCAGUACAAGUCCUCAGUCACGCAAGCUCUCCGAACUGACGCCGGAUAAUCUGCUCAACCCGAACAGCUUCAAUCGGCUACCCAAUUCCACGGGAGGUUCCAGUUCCCGCCUGUACAAAAAGAUCGAGGAGAUGAUGGACCUCAGCUCGCCAUACAAUCAUUACAAAUGCCUCAGUCCCAGCGAGAGUAAUCUUACGCAGUUCUACGAUGGCAAAUACCUAUAUGGCAGUGCGGGGGGCGGAGCGGGAAGCGGCCAGGGGGGCGGCGGCGGCUGCCCCUCGAUAGUCGGAACCGGAAGCGCCUGUGGGGGAGCUGCCGCCCGGUUCGACAGCAAGCCCGGCUCCACUCGCCUGCUGCGUCGGCAGUUCAGCUUGGAUCGCGAUGACCAGCAGGCGAAGGGAGAGCAGCAGCACCACCAGCACUCCCUGCAGGCCACAACUUACUCGGCCUUAGUGGGGGGUGGUGGUGGGGGGGUAAAGAGCUCUAUGUUGGACAUACCCCUCUUGCACGACACCUCCAGAAGUCCCAAGGGUACGCUGACGCGGGCCCACAAGCAGAACUCCGCCUCUAUCACCCAGGAUCUGGAAAAAAUUGAGGAAAUCCCGCUGUCGCCGGCCUCCUCGCAGCACCACAGUAGCCUGGACAGCAACCUCAACCGCAGUCCGCCCUCGACGCUGGAGGCGCAGUCGCCGCCUCUCCCGCCCAUCAGUCCGCCCCAGCUCUCCGCUCCCACAUCGCCGGCUCCUUCCAGGACCUUGAAUCGGAUUUUCAGCCACGGCAGCAAUAGUGCCAACAGUGGCUCCCAGUCCCAAGAAGCGGCCAACAACAAUAAUGGCACCCAACCAGGGCCAGAGCUAACCCUCAAUGUGGAUCAGCUGCUGAGCAGAUAGGGCACAAUCUAAGGUCUCCAAGAUAGGGGGCCGAUCAAAGCUUUAGGUCUCAUCCGAACCCAGUUUGAAUGUGCGAGUGUGUGAAUGGGCGGGAUGUCGUAUGAGGGAAAUGUGUCCUUACAUCCUUGCUCCACUGACGAGUUUAUAACAGAUGCGAUACAAAAAUGUGACUCAACUGGCACAAAUUAAUUUCAGUCGUUUAAUUAUUUUAACAAAAUUAUCUUAAAUUGCUUUGCGUGUUUUCCAAAAGUAUGGCAUUGACUUUGUUUCAAUAACACUGUGCAACAUCUAAAAUUUUCCUCGAUGGAUGCUUUUGAAACACAGGGCGGCAACGCUACUAC